GUAGUUUUGGGCCGAUUUGGGCCAAUUUGGGUAAUUCUAUGGACCCCCCAGCAGCAACAUGUCUUCAAGAGAAAAUCCUGACUAUGUGACUGUGGCCACUUUUGUAGUCAAAGAGGAAGGGCUGGAAGCUGUAUCCGAGGAUGUUGCAUCAACAGAAGAAAUCACUUCUGUGGUGGAUGAAGAUCACUCUGAGUCGGGGAAUGUGGCAGUAAGCUAUAUUGAUGCAGUAGAAACAACAGUAAUUGGCUCAGAUGAUCCCUAUGCUUCUACUGACCAAGAUAAUCAAAUCAUGGAUAUCGAGGACACAGAUGGGGGAGGGAGAAGCUUUACCUUAUGGAGUCUACCUGCUGUGAGGACCUUACUCGAUAUAUAUGAGGAACAUGAACAAGCUUAUGUGGACAAAACAAUGAGGCGCAGAGCAUUUUGGGAGCUAGUGUCAGAGAAGAUGAGAAAGCAGGCUUAUUACUAUGAUUGGAGCUCAUGUCGCAUUAGAUUCAAGGGGAUGUGUCGCAAAGUCUUGUACUUGGCUAGACACGGCAAGAGUAAAAGGACACAAAGACUAUGGUGGGAAAAACGUGUGGAGAGAAUUAUGGAACACCUGGAGCCAGAAUUUCUCAAGAUAAGCGCUCGUGGGAAGACUGGCAGCUCUCUGGAGACCUCUGUGACUUGUGUAUCACCCACUUGUUCUACUGCUGCCUCAUCCCAGGUGUGUGGUGAGUCUGUGAAGUCAGGAGUUGGGGAUGCUACCAUUACUAAGGACAAGAUGUUAACACAAGGGAAACCAAGUAAGAAAAAGAGACAAAUAGAGCCCUCAGAAGCAUCAAAAGAAACAGAGGCCCCAGAUUGGUUUAAAAAGUAUUUUGAAAGAAAAGAAGUGUUAUGGGCCAAACAAAUGGCUAUUGAAGAACAGCGCCAUACUCAGGUAGUUCAGCUGCUGUCACAGAAUAAUGAACUUCUUCAAAAAUUAUGUAAUAUUUUAGACAAAAUGGACAGUCAGCAUAAUCUAGUCAAAAUUGCUCCAAAACCUUCUGGUUGGGUAUCUGUACCUGUUCGAGCCCAGAAAGUGGUUUGUACAAUGCCUCAACAGUGUUCAUUCCCUAUGUAAAUCCUGUAUUUAAGGAAAAUAAUACAUCACAGGAUUGAAUAAUGUAAGUUAAUAUAAUUUGACAAUCUUUGUAGUAUGUUUUUAAUUAAAAUGUAACUUAUUCAGUUAAGAAAAAGCAUUGCAAUUUUUUUAAAUACUUUGUCAUGAAUUAGGUAUAAGAAUUUGUCUUACAAAAUAGGUGAUCCACACUACUAGAUAAGGUUUGUUUUGUCUUCUACCUAGGUUAGUUGGUUCAUGUCAAAAUUCAUCAAAAAUUUUUAUGAAAUGUUGAUAACCUUAAUUAAACAUCAUCUUACUAGGCUUAGUUUGACUAGUUACACAAAGAUUUGGAUUAAUAGGCAUAAUUCCAAUAGGUCAGGAUGAUAUGGUAGUUUUGGCUCAAGCAAAAUUACUCCACAUCAUGUUUAUUAAAAUGAAAAUAUUUAUUUUAAACAUUUAAUAUACUGUACUGUAUGAGCUUGGUAAUUUGAAUUAUGGUAACGUGAAUAAAUUUGUAUUCAUUGUUUUCAAGUAAAAGCAGGAGCAGCCAGAUAAAAGACAGAAAUACCUAGGGAAAACAACAGGAGUUCCUGGGUAAAUGGCAGGAGUAAAUAGGUAAACUGUGGGAGUAACCACACAAAAUACUGUAUAGCAAAUGCGUUCAUUUUUGGACAUGCCUGGUAUGUAAGAAAUUCGGCUAACACAAAUGGGGGUGGGCCCUGUAUAAUUCAAAUUACCAAGAGUAGAUAGUAUAAGGAAAUUUAGCUUGUUAGGCCUUAUUUGGAUUUCUACCCACUCAUUGGUUCCUUCAUCCGAGACCGCUGGCAGGGUCUUCAGUCUGUGGUUACAGGUCAACUACACACUCUUAAAAGUUAACUUAUUCCCUUGGCCCUUCUCCUACCUCCGUAAUAGAUGGUGGGUAAACAGCUUUGGCUAGGUUAUGUAUUUGCCAUACACUUAACUCAUGGGCACUUACUGAAACACCGCCCUGCUUCUUAUUUUCCUAACUGUAUUGUCCCACUUAGUCACGCAUCUCCUUGUGGAAUAUCCCGACUUUAAGGACGAUCAUGUGCUUUGCUUUCCUAAUAUCCCUCGAUAGAAUCCUUGAAUCUGACACCUUUGAUAUUGUGCACUUUUGUUCUCGUAUUUGCAUCAUCGGUGAUAUUUAGUGCCUUUUGAAUACCCUGCGACACUGAUGGCGCAACGUAAGUCUUCCCGAUUUGGUGCCUUCUGAUAAUUUACUUGUAUAUUAUUUGUAUGUUUAAAUAUGAGUACUGUAUAUCAUUCAAUAAGAUUCUUAAAAAUUUGAUAAUAGCCAAAAAAAUUCAAGUUUUCUGAAAAUAAUUUCAAGCAAUAUCCAAAUUGAGUUCAGGACAAUGUAAACUAGACAGAGGGUGCCACUGUAUAUUUUAUCUUCCAAGAAUGUGUUAAUAGCACUGAAGUAUUUCCCGUUUUACUUUCCUUUGUGGUUCUUAGAUCAACAGACCGAUGUAUCGAAUGAUCUAUUCAUCCAUAAACAUUUUUACAGCUUACAUAAUACAUACAUAGCAAUCACUGUUCAAGAACCUUGUCCAGUUCUGCAAUGGUGAGAAGCAUGCCCAUGAUACAGCAGGCAUGUAGCCAUUUUCCCUCUGAAUUGCAACUGAAGUGCUAGAAUGGUUAACUUACUGCUCCUGGGGUCUCUUGCUUGCCUAACAAGUUUUUCUCAACUUCAGAAACUUGUGUGCACAUUUACCCCAAGCACCUACUGUCUCUGAGCCUGUUGGUAAGAAUCUAACAUUUCUGCAUCUUCCUGAGAGUGGAAGCCUCACCACCUUCAGAUACACUGUACUGUAGAUAGGUGUUAACCAGUGUAGAUGUAUAUGUGUAGCCCCAAACAACAUGUUUACCAUUCCUCCAGUGUAGUAGUGUAAUUCCAUCUGGAUGUUUGUAGCUUGUCAGGUCUGCUCAUUUGGGGUUUCCUUUGUAUAAGACACUUUGUUAUACCCAAUGUAUUGCUGCAGAUACUCCCUGGAAGAGCAAAGGGUUACAUCAAUACUUAAGGCCUGGCAAUCCAGAUGAGAGCCCAAAGAAGAAUUGGGCAGCUUGUGGGAAGUCCCAAGUAUGAGGGACUUGCAUUGUGAGGAAAAUAUAUAUACUGUAUAUAUAUAUAUUUUUUUUAUAAAUAUAUUUUAAUCUUCUAUUACAAAUACAGUAUUGUUAUUUGCAUGGGGUUACAUCACCAUUUAUAUCUGACAUUUGGUAACAAUCACUAUAUAUACUGUAUAUCUAUGUGAGUGUGUUGCACAAUAGCUGCAAAAUUCUACUAGCAUUUUUCUUCAGCAUAGUAUACAUAUACUGUACAGAGAAAAAUGGUAGAUGUGGGGAAAAUAUUACAUAUACUGUACAGACCAUGAAUUAUGUAUAACCUAAUGAGUACACUUUUAGCAGUAAAGUAACAGUGAUGUGCAAUUAGACUAAAUUUUGUAUCUAAUUUAAUUGUCCAAGACUAAAA